AUGACUCAGAAUGGAGUGGCAGAAAUACCGAACAAGACAACGGUGGUCUCUGAGUUCAUCCUUGUGGGUUUCACCCACAUCCGAUGGCUGCAGAUCCUCCUCUUCUGGCUUCUCCUUCUCACUUACCUUUUAACCAUCCUGGGAAACCUUCUCAUCAUCUACAUCACUCUAGUUGACCGUCGCCUCCAGACCCCCAUGUACUUUUUCCUCAGGAAUUUCUCUUUUUUGGAAAUAGGAUUCACUUCUUCUGCCAUCCCUAAAGCUUUGUUUAACUUGGCCUCAGGCAACAACACCAUUUCUCUUGCUGGCUGUUUCACACAGUCCUUUUUCUAUUUCAUUUUGGCCACCACUGAAUUCUUCAUUCUGGCCACAAUGUCCUUUGACCGGUAUGUGGCCAUCUGCAACCCCCUCCGUUACACAACCAUCAUGAGCAGCCACUUCUGCACUCAGUUAGUGAUAGGAUCUUGGACUGUCAGCUUCCUUUAUCUCAUAAUGCCUCUUCCACUGAUCAAGCUUGCCUGCACUAAUACCCAAUUCCUUGAACUGCUGGAUUUUCUCUUGGCCACCUUUACCGUCCUGGGGACUUUAGCCAUCACAAUCAUUUCCUACAUUAAAAUCAUUGCUGCUGUCAUGCACAUCCCUUCCAGAACGGGCAGGCAAAAGGCCUUCUCUACUUGUGCUUCUCACACUGCGGUAGUUUUCAUCACCUAUGGGAGCUGCAUUUUCAUGUAUGUAAAGCCCACACAAAGUGGGGGGCUGGACCUCAGCAAAACAGUUGGUGUUCUGAACAAUGUGGUCUCUCCUUUGCUCAACCCCUUCAUUUACAGCCUGAGAAACAGGCAGGUGAAAACAGCUUUGAAGGAUGCUUGUGGAUGGAGAUGA